GAGAGCCUCGGCGCGCAUCCCCGCCGGGCCGACGCCGCGCCUGCUCCCGCUCCCGCUCGGCCUCGCCGGCCCCAGCCCGGGCUGAGAGGGGGGGCAGCCCCAAGCAACAGGCGCCGGCACGCGCCCUCCUCCUCCCCCCCCCGCGACACAAACAAAGCAGCAGACCCGAGAGAGCCGCCGCCAAGCAAGACCCCCCCCCGUAUCCCCCGCCGCGCGCGCGGGGCCGUCCCCUUCUCGCCGCCGCCUCCCGUCGAGCAUGGUGGAUGUAUGGACAGUCUCACCGAGCCGAGGUUGACAGCGCCGAGCCUCCCGGCUCCGCACCUGGAGCACUACAGCGUGCUGCACUGCACCAUGACCUUGGACGUGCAGACGGUGGUGGUCUUCGCUGUCAUCGUCGUCCUGCUUCUGGUCAAUGUCGUCCUCAUGUUCUUCUUGGGCACCCGCUGA